CUGAUUUGAUUUGCUUUGCUUCCAUGCCGAUCUGAUCAUGCUAAUUCGAUCGACCCUCCGCCUCUUCCGGUUUCCCACAUACAGUAGAAAUACAAACGAGGAAUUUCCUGCAUGUUUUCGGGCCAAUUUUUUCACUCGAUCGAUCUUAUAUAGCUUCGAUCUUAACCCAUAUCUGAUAUAGCUUCGUUGUCGAUCUAGCGCACAAGCUCCUAGUUCCUCCGUCUCUAAUAUUCUUUGCGUGCUGGGGAGAUUCUGCACCCGCUUUACAUCCAGCCUAUUUAUUGCUGAUAAAUUUAGACACAAGUUCCACCAGACAUUUCAGGUCCCACAUACUUUACUGCACACAAUGUGUUAAAAGAAACUUUACUGCACACAGAUCGUUAGAAGCAAUGCAUUCCCAAUCUUUAGUUCUUUACUAAGGUUGGAUUAUCGAGUGAAACCCAAUUUGCCGAGGUAUAUCUCCUGUCUCAGUACAUGUGAGAUAAUUUUAACACAAAAUCUUUAUGUCUCUUCGGAGACCAGACAAAAUCCUCCUUAUCAACCGGCUCCAAAUCUGUCAAAGGCAGUGGUCCCUCGCAAACAGUCUUAAUCCUACUUGAGACAAGUCUUGCCCAAGAGUUCAUAUAUAUUGAUGAUUGGAAACUCAUCCGCCAGUAUCAAGGCCAAUGGGGUUGAACGAACUUCAAAGAAACGCCGUGCGGUUCGAAGAGGAGAUCUAUACCGCAGCGACCAACCAGUCUGAUUAUUGGCGGGAAAUAUGUAUGAAAAUGCUCUCUAUGGAGACAAUGCCAGAGCAGGCUCCUGGAUAUUCUCAAGUGAUUCCAAAUCAAAACAACCCUGGUCAAGCAUAUGCGGACAAUACUGCUCAAACAGGCCAAGCAGGUGUAGGUGAUUGGCAAGAGGAGAUAUAUCAAAUGAUUAAGAGCUUGAAGGGAAAAUACUUUGCAGAACUCAAUGAAUUGUUCAAUAAGAUCUGUGUGAAAAUACAUUAUGUUGACAGCAGCAUACCACCUCAAAGGCCAUCUGAGCAGUACGAAAGAAUGAAGAGCUUUAAAAUAAUGUUGGAGCGUAUAUUACAAAUUCUGCAAAUUAGCAAGAGUACUGUCCAACCUGCUCUGAGGGACAAGCUUCCUCAUUAUGAGAAACAGAUCAUCAGUAUCUUGAAUUCACAAAGAAGGAAACCAGUGCAACCACAAGUACAGCAACAUUUCCAGCCACCUGCAGCAGGACAAGCUCCUAAUUCUAACAGUUCACAGCAACGACAGCCUUCCCAGAGUUCACAGAAGCAUUAUAGUCAUACUAAUCCUCAAGCAAGUUUGUCGACCAUAAGCACUGGAUUACAGUCCUCUAGUGCAUCUUGUAUCCAGCAUCCAACAACAAAAUUGAGUGUCCCCAUGCAUCAAAAUGGUGCAAAGCGUCAGCGGCAGACAGACUCUGAUUUGAAGGCUGCCCGAAGAAAGGCUGCUCAAAGAAGCAGUUUUGAUUCCGUGCGGUAUGGUUCAAUCUUCGAUGAGUGGCGCCUCAUUACAGCAGGGGAGCACUGGGCUGAUGCAGGAUACUCAACUGCAGACUUUGGUAGAUAAUUGUACAGCACCAGUGUAUAUCACAUUGCUUACUGUUAUUUCUUCAAGAUAAUUGGAUCUCUUGGUAAACAAAUGGAUGAACAGAUCGACCAAAGUAUACGGAAGAUGCAAGCCUGUCGUUUGGCAAUAGUGAUGUAAGAUAGAUGAAAUAAUUAUGAGGUCGACCUCUUGUGAGCUUUGUAUAUUUACCUAUAAACAGAUGAAAUAAUUAUGAGGUCAGGUUGUUGUGAGCUCUGUAUAUUUACUUUUUUAAGGAGCUAUGUAUAUUUACCUAUAAUCAAAUGAAACAAUUAUGAAGUCGAACGUUGGUGAGAAUA